AUGGAGAAGACAAAUAUCCAGUUGGUGGAAGUCAACCAGAACACCUUGACUCGAUGGUAUGCACUAAUUAUAUAUGUAACAAAUACAGUAUCUAACAAAGGUCAUUAACUCAAAGUGCUCAUUUCUCUAUACAAGGUACAACAAACGUUCAAAGGAACAAGAGACAGCCGUUCUUGAACAGGGCUUGCCUCCAAUGGACGAUACUCCAUCUGAAGAACCGCUACCCCCACCAGUUCCGUUAACCCCAUCCCUGCUUCCUGCCCCAAUUAACCAUACCCCGCACCAGUUCACCUUCCCUGGCAAUACUGCAGGAGAAUCAGCAGUUCGACCGCAGCGGCCAACCAUACCACCUCAACCUGCUUUCCAACCUGCAAUGAUGCCACCCUUAUCACAACCAUCACCCUUCCUCUUCAUUCUACCUUCCAAACCACAUCCAUCAACUUCCUCAUCCUCCCCUUCCGUUAAAGUGCCAUACAGCACGCAGUCAUAUAGGAAAAAGAAACUGAACGAGGAACAAACUGCAGCUGUCCCCACCAAGAGGUACAAAGAGAGAUUGGGACCCGCCGUCUGUUCCAAAUGUGGAAAGCACAGAACAGAUGCCCACAAACAAUAUUUUGGGAAUUGGUACUGCCCUGAAAUGCCCCAGUCUUACGAGACUUGGAGGCAACGUUUUGGGGACAAGUACAAAAAAAAGAAAAGUUAA